GCUGACUCACCCGGCCACAGAUAUAUAGCCCCCAUUUGCAUCUCAUUUCUCUUUUCUCCAUCAACAACCUUCUCACGCUCUUUUACCCCACGCUCUUUAACAACGCCAUGCUCGCGUCCCCCCUCACCUUGCUCCUCUUGGGCGCUGGUGUCCCUGCUGCCAUCGCCAGCCCCUUCCGCCUCAUCAACCUGCGCGACGACGCCAACUCUACCGACCCUGUCACCGAUGCCCCUACUGCUAGCUGGACCCAGAACAGUACUACUUCUGCCUCUGCUACCGAGGGUUGGAACUCGACCGAGUCUUGGAGCUCCACCGCCUCUGCCAGUCCUGUCUCUGUCACCUCUUCAGUGAUCGAGGCUUCGACUGUCUCUUCUACCAUCGCUGACCCUACCUCUCUCACUUCUUGGGCAGAGUCGAGUGUCUCUGCUACUGCCUCCGAGUCUGCUACCGCGGACGAGACUUGGCCCAGCGAGGCUCCUGCCGAUGACGGUACCAUCUCAUCCUACCACACCUCCGACAUCACCUACAUCUCUCCCAACAUCCCCGCCCCCCUCAACGCCACCCACGCCAACUCGUCUCCCAAGUGGGAAGCCGCCCACUCCCGGGCCCGCGAGCGCCUUGCCGGCUGGUCCCUCGAGGAGAAGGUGCACCUCACCACUGGUGUCGGAUGGAUGCAGGGAAAGUGUGUUGGUAAUAUCCCCGCCGUUGAGAGCCAAGGCUUUGGUGGUCUCUGUCUUCAAGACUCGCCUUUGGGUGUGAGAUUUGCCGAUUAUGUCUCUGCCUUCCCCGCUGGUAUCAAUGCUGCUGCUACCUUCGACAAGGACCUCAUCUACGCCCGAGGAUACGCCAUGGGCCAAGAGUUCAAGGGCAAAGGUGUCAACGUCGCCCUUGGUCCUAUGACCAACAUGGGUCGAGUCGCUGCUGGCGGUCGAAACUGGGAAGGCUUUGGCGCCGACCCUUACCUCUCUGGUUGGGCUACCGAUGCUACUGUCCGAGGUAUCCAAGACGCCGGUGUUCAAGCUUGUGUCAAGCACUAUGUCGGCAACGAGCAAGAGCGCAACCGUACCACCUCUUCUUCCAACAUUGACGACCGUACCCUCCGUGAAAUCUACACCCACCCCUUCCUCCGAGCCGUUCAAGCCGACGUCGCUGCCGUCAUGUGCUCAUACAAUCUCGUUAACGGCUCCUGGGCUUGCCAAGACUCCAAGACGCUCAACGGUGUCUUGAAGACCGACUUUGGCUUCCAAGGUUAUGUCACGGCCGACUGGGGAGCGCAGCACUCUGGUGUCUUGUCUGCCAAUACCGGUUUGGACAUGACUAUGCCGGGAGAUAUUUCGUUUGGAAGUUUGACAAGUUACUGGGGUCAGAACCUUACCGACUCUGUCAACAAUGGUUCCGUCAAGGCUGAGAGGGUCGACGAUAUGGCCGAGAGGAUCCUUGCGGCGUAUUAUUUGCUUGGUCAGGAUGAAGACUAUCCCGAGGUCAACUUUGAUUCAUUCAGGCUGUUUGGCUCGAACCAGUCUCAUGUUGAUGUGCGCGAUGACCACUACAAGGUCAUUCGUCACGUUGGUGCUUCGUCUACUGUCCUUCUCAAGAACGAAAACAAGGCACUUCCCCUCACCACCCCCCGUCACAUUGCUCUCAUCGGUUCCGACCUCGGCCCUGCUAUCAAAGGUCCCAACGGCAUUUCUGACCGAGGAGGUAUCGACGGUACCACCGCUAUGGGCUGGGGUUCCGGCACCGCCGAGUUCCCCUACCUUGUCGACCCCCUCUCUGCCAUCUCCCAGCGCGCCCGCGAGCACGGUGCCAUCUUGAACUCUUGGUUGGACGACUGGGAUGUCGCCAGUGCUCAGUACUGGGCUGCUCCUGCCGAGGUCGCUAUCGUCGGUGUCCACGCCACUUCUGGUGAAGAGUACAUCACUGUCGAUGGCAAUGUCGGCGACCGAAACAACCUCACUCUUUGGACCAACGGCGACGCUCUCGUGCAAGGUGUUGCUGCUGUCAACAACAACACUAUCGUCGUCGUUCAUGCUCCCGGGCCUAUUCUCAUGGAAGAGUGGAUCAGCAACCCCAACGUCACUGCUGUCCUCUGGGCCGGUCUCCCCGGGCAAGAGAGUGGUAACGCCCUCGUCGACAUCCUGUGGGGAGACUACAACCCCUCUGGCCGUCUUCCUUACACCAUCGCCAAAGACAGGGCCGACUAUCCCGCCGACAUUGUCUACACCAACACCGACGACCCCAUCGAGCCCCAAGUCGACUAUACCGAGGGCCUCAACAUUGACUACCGACACUUUUUGGCGGAGGGGAUUGAACCGAGGUUUGCGUUUGGGUAUGGGCUGUCGUACACCAGUUUUGACUUUAAGGACUUGAAGGUUGAGGCGGUUGAGGGAGAGAAGAGGAAGAGGGAUGAUGUGCCAGAGUUCCCCGAGGUUGAUGAGAGCCCUCAAGGAGAGGUUGUCGUUGGCAGAUUCACUGUUGACUCUCUUCACAAGCCCCGGUGGACCGUGUCUAUUGAUGUGACCAACACUGGCGAUAUCAACGGCUGCGAAGUGCCCCAGCUGUACCUCGUCUUCCCCGAACACGCCGGCGAGCCUCCCAAGGUGUUGCGUGACUUUGCCAGGAUUAACCUCGACCCCGGAGCUACCAAGACCGUCUCCUGGAACCUCUCGCAGUACGACGUCUCCAUCUGGGAUGUCGAGACCCAGGAAUGGACCGUGCCCGAGGGCGACUUUGGGGUGGAAGUUGGAAAGUAUGUGGCGGAUGUUGAUGCGCAGACGUCGUCCUUCUGCUUUAAAGCUUGAAGGAUCGUAGAAGAUAGACUUCUUGUUUGAUCUUCUUCCUUCCUCGAUCGUGUUGGAAUUUAUUUUUGAUCUGGGUUUUACAAUGGACAAUAAAAGUAACGUAAUGGUAACGACUUGUUGAAACGAUAAAAAGUAGGCUACACACACUCCUUGUAGAGUAUCACAAAAACAAAUCCGCAGAAUCACAUCAUCCUAUGCAUUCUUCUAUCUAAUCUUCAGCUCUGUGUCAUUGUUCGAGUA